GAUCACUUACCUGUGCACCUUGAGGUGACUACCUCCGAUCAUGUGUACUUCUGGUCCCGAAAUCCGGAGAACAAAGGCUCCGAACCUCACGGCUUGCACAACGGUCACUUCAAGGCGGCGGCCCAGUCACCAGUUAUUGCCUAUUGUGAUGCCCUUUUUCGUAAUGUCAUUGAGGCUGGCAAUACAGUACAUCACUCGGGUGAAGCUAUAUGUGCGUCGGUGCAGGAGGCCGCCACUCUGUGGGCUGGGGGAAUCCGUGCCACUGGCGGUGCGAUCAAUCCCGAGAAGUCCUUUUGGUGGCUCAUUGAUUUUGAGUGGGACUCCCGCACAGGUAAAUGGAAAUUCCGGGGGAAAAAGGCAGUCGCUCUCGACUUUGAACUCCAAAUUCAAGGUCUUUCAGGUUCUACUGAAUCCUUGCGUCGCCUUGAACCAGACGACUUGGAACGCACUUUGGGAGUUAUGCUUUCUCCCUUGGAAAACCUGGAGGCUCACAAGGCUCAGAUGGUUGCUAAAGCCAAGGAUUGGGCAGAACAACUUUGA